UGGCAUUCAGGGGUGGAUCGGGUGCUGUCCACGUGUUGUCCGCCUAUUGUCCACAUUUGGGCGCAAAUUUCGGUAUCUGCGGACAUGUGGUGACUGAGUCAGAGUCGGGCGACGACUGUAUUCAGUGUACAUUCUAUGGCUAGAAGUUUGGCAGAGACGGACAGUACACAUACCUAUUCUCAACGUAUAGCGCAAACAACUGGUCAACUGGUGGACAGAAGUAUACAUAAGUGUAUCACAAACACAAACAAUAAGCUCUUCAGUGGACACCCACUGCCGCCGAAUGGCAAAUACUUCGGAUGCAAUGAGUGGUUCGCCCGCAAAGACCUGCUGGACACUCACCUCCGGCUCCACAUCUCUAUGCAAGAGGCGAUCACUUUUGAUCACACAUUUGACGCCAAUUAUGGCAAAAGCAAAGACCCGAACGCCGGACAAAAUCAACAAAAUUAUUCGUUCGGCCGUCAGAUCGACCUCCAGAAGCAUUUGGCACAUAACAACACCUGUGCGGGCGGUGGUACCGGCGGCUCACACCUGGUCUACAGCGCCGGCACUCAUGAAUGA